UCAAGCCAAAGGGCCUGCACACAUAAGCUGCACAAUCUCCAUCCCUCUCUCGUCAAGAAUCUCUCAAGAGCCCUCUUCCUCCAUCCAUCCAUCCAUCCAGCCUUGUGCUCUGCGUUCCCUUCUCAAUCCUGCACAAGUUUCUGAAGCAGAGAAGAUCAAUUCACCAUUCACCAAGAAACUGAGAGGAAAUCCCAGAUUAUCUACACAGAAAUCAUCUGUCUGAGAGAGAGAAGAACAGAAGAUGAUCCCGUUCAUAAAGCAGAGAAGCUCCAGGAUGAAACGUGCCCUGCACUAGCCUACGCUGCUGAAGAAAGAGGAGCUCCCCGAAGACAGUAAUGGAAGCACACCGCCGCACGCCAAGGUUCUGCACGGGUGGAAGCGAGGUGGGCUCGGCGGAGCAGAGGAAGCUACGGCGUGUCACGCUCCCCUUCUGGUCGUGCCCUCCGAACCGGCCGCCGGGCACCUGAGCCCUUCUGCUUCCUCCUCCUCUCUCAUCUCUUCUCUCCCUCCUCGGUGUCUGUAGCUUCUCCUGAGUUCUUGAACAGCCUGAGAGACCACAAAAGCUACGAUCUUUGUGCCCUCCUGCUUCCUGCUUGUCCCUGUCGCUCCACUGUUUCGCGCGUACCGGAAGCAACGACAUGGCUCUGCUUUUCUUGUGAUCUGGUUGGAAGUUUCUGCUCCUACGACCUUGCCGUUUGUUUAGGCGAUCUUGGGAGAAGAGAAGGGCUUUGGUGUUGCUGCUGUCUGCCACUCUGCCUGCCUGUUUCUUGCCGCUGGCUCUCGUCCUUGUCUGAAUCUUGCAGGUUCUUGGGCUUGGCUUGGCCUUGCUUCCAUCCUCUCUUUGUGGGCGGAACAUCUGCGACAUUCUGGGUGGAGAGAGACUCGUUUCAGGUGUUCUUGGCACACUUAUGCCUUGCAAGUUUCUUGGGUGCAGGAGCCGUUUGCCUGGCCUGCUUUGAUCGUUUGCUCUGGCUGAUCGUGUCCGAUCCUCUUGUAUGGUGCUUGCCUUGUUUGGUAUUUCGGCCUUCGAUCUGCAUGUUCUUUUGCCUUGUGGAUCGUCUCCGUAGUGGCAGCCCGCUUGCACCGCGACCACGGGAUGGGCUCUGCUCCCUUCGGUGACGCCGCCGCCGCCGGUCGGCUGUACGAUUUCCAGGGGUACCACGGCGGCGGCCAUGGGCCUUACGGCGUCAGACAGCCCCAGCCGGGCCGAGCGUCCGCGUCGUCGGUUUUCUUCGACGACGGCGAAACGGAUGGAAUGGACGCCGCUGCCGCCGCCGACAUGGAUAUGCCUAGGAAGGAUUGCGGCGGCGACCGGGACGAGAAGGCGGCGAUGGCGCUCAAGAGCCACAGUGAGGCGGAGCGGCGGCGGCGGGAGAGGAUCAACGCCCACCUCGCCACGCUCCGGACCAUGGUGCCCUGCACGGACAAGAUGGACAAAGCCGCGCUGCUCGCGGAGGUGGUGAGCCACGUGAGGAAGCUGAAGAGCGCCGCGGCGCGGGUCGGCAGGUGCUCCCCCGUCCCGUCCGGCGCCGACGAGGUCGCCGUCGAGGCCGUCCAGGAGGCGUCCGCCUCCGGCCGCGGCGGAGGAGGCGGCGAUACGCCCGUCCUCCUCAGGGCGACGCUCAGCUGCGACGACCGCGCCGACCUCUUCGUGGACGUCAAGCGCGCGCUGCAGCCGCUCGGGCUGGAGGUGGUCGGCUCCGAGGUGACCACGCUGGGCGGCCGCGUCCGGCUCACCUUCCUGGUGUCGUGCGGGCCGCGCGCCGCCGCCGCCGCUGCCAUGGCCUCGGUCCGCGAGGCGCUCCAGUCCGUGCUUGACAAGGCCAGCUCCGGCUUCGACUUCGCGCCCAGGACGUCGCUGCUGAGCAAACGCCGGAAGGUCUCAACGUUCGAGUCGUCGAGCUCCUCGUCUUGACAGCUUCAGAGAAGACGACGCUAUCUAUGGCUGCUUAGCUAGGGUUUAGUGCUGUGCCAUGUCGGACUGGAUAUCAUCUACUCUUCGCUACUGCUACUCCCCAGCCAAAAAGAUCUAACCAGUUGAUCAAUGCAGUGAUUUAAUCCUACUGCUAAAUUAAUCAUGGUUGUGAAAGAUAGAUACAAACUGAACUACUGAAGCGAGUUCUUUUUUUCUUUCUUUUUUUCAAGAGUACUCAAGUUACACUGCAAGUGCAGCUUAUCUUUUGUAUUGUACACCUUCACUCUUCAGUGUGACUCCAGUAUUUUGUUAGUACCAUCUUGCCCCUUCAUGGAGAUCACAGUGUCUUUCUUCGCCCAUCUCUCAUGAUUCUUGAAAA